AGUAGGAAAGAAACAGGUAGUUGAAAGCGUUUAAACUGUUUUUUUUUUCUCCAGAAUAAUAUAAACAAGACCGUUUCUUUUCCUAAAUAAUAGCCCUGCCUCCUUAAUUGUUUAACUAUUUGAAAAUGUUGCCACAAUUUCGCUUUCUUUGUGUCCGUUUUAUGAGAAGAAAAGCAUGUGGAUGCGCUGCACUAAAUUCGGUCUCUGUAAAUGCCUCUUAUUCAACAGUCAAUAAAGAAGAAGUGAAUAAAUUUACGAAAAAUGCUUCUACUUUCUGGUGGAAUGAUAAUCAAUCUUUGAUUUCCAUGAACUCAGUGAGAGUGCCCUUCAUUAGAGACGGUCUUCUUUUAAUGUCAAAAUAUUCACAUAAUUAUACGCACCCUUUAAAAGGUUUUAAGAUAAUAGACGUUGGCUGCGGCGGUGGUAUCUUGUCAGAGCCAUUAGCCAGAUUAGGUGCAAGUGUUACUGGGCUAGAUCCAGGUGCAGAAAAUAUUGAAGUUGCUGUUGAACAUGCCAGUAUCAAUGAAGAUGUCAAAGAUAAUGUAACGUAUAUUUGUGACUCUAUUGAAAAUAUUAGGGAGAGUCAUGCUGGAAUGUUUGAUGCUGUUGUGUGUAGUGAGGUGAUUGAACAUGUUGCUGAUGUUAAAACCUUUCUUGGAUGUUGUGUGGAUAUCACAAAGGAGGGUGGAUCUCUUUUUUUCACCACACCAAAUCGUACUGCAGCAUCUUACAUUACAAAUAUUCUUUUAGGGGAAUAUGUUUUACGGGUGUUACCGCCUGGCACUCAUGAUUGGAACAAAUUUAUCACUUCUUCGGAGUUGAGUGAUAUGCUUUUAUCACUCGAUUGUCGAAUAGUUUCAUCAGAAGGCUUCAUGUAUAAUCCUAUAACAAAAAGAUUUAGCUGGUCUGAUUUUUCUAUGCUGUAUGCCUUACAUGCCUGCAAAUAAACACAAACUUGAACCUUAUACUGUUAACCCUUUAGGGAAUUUCUGUAGUUCAGUAAAGUACCUUAAGAGGUUUCAGGUUGUUCUAUAUUUUCAAAAAGAAAAGUUUAUAUUUAUUUUGAAAUGUUCUUUAUUUAGUUUUAGAAAAUAGGAACUAUUUGAAUUUUUUUUUUUUUUUUUUUUUUUUUUUUUUUUUUUUUUUAACCUUUGGGUAAUGCAAAAUGUUUUAUUUGUGAUUUAUCAAAGCUAACUGUAUAAGUGAUUGUGAUUUCCCUGUGUAAGAAAACUAGCCCCCUUUAAUGUUAAAGUUUUUAAGUCGUCAUAAUGCUCAUAAAUAAAUAACCUUUUGACCUGCUGGCUAUUUGUUUUUUUAUUACAAGUUAAAUUGCAAUAAAACUUCAAUGUCAUCGUCA